ACUCCGGCCCCCCCCCCCUCCCGCACCGACGCAUCGAGCCCGCUCUCCCCCCGCAGUCUGUCAGCCGCUCUCGCCCGCCUCUCCGGCUCUCUUCCUCCUCGCUCUCUUGUCUGGUUUCUUUCCACAGGAGCCAGCCGAAGGUCCCGCCGGGUCGAAGGUUCCUGCCCUACACGCCCAGCCCCGCCGCUGCCUCCCCGGACGGCCGCUACCAGGCUGCCCGCCGCCCCGCUGCCCCUCUGCCGGCCGCCUGCCGCAUGGACCCGCGUCCCCUCUCCUCCUCCGCCGCCGCCGCCGCGUAGAGGGCGACCCCGACCCGACACCGCUCCUCCACUCCACUCCGGCCGGAUUAAACCCGCACAAAAAGCCCCACACGACGAAGACUGCAGUGUGUCGUCGUCGAGUCGGCAGGCCGGGCUGCUGCGUCCGCCGCCACCGCCGCUGCUGCCGCCGUCGUUGCCGGGGGAGACCUUGGCCGGCUUGUUGAGCGGCUGUGAAGGAUGAGCGCUGCACGGCCCGCGGCUGAACCCCGGUGAACUGAACGGCGUCUCAUGUCCAAACGGCGGGAGGAUGGCUCAUGGCAAAGUGACCAUAACGGUGGACGAGUACAGCUCCAACCCCACGCAGGCCUUCACGCACUACAACAUCAACCAGAGCCGCUUCCAGCCUCCACACGUCCACAUGGUGGACCCCAUCCCCUAUGACACCCCCAAACCGGCCGGACACACCAGGUUUGUGUGUGUGUCAGACACACACUCGCGUACGGACGGUAUCCAGAUGCCGUACGGCGACGUGCUCCUGCACAUGGGCGACUUCACUGAGCUGGGGCUGCCGUCCGAGGUUAAGAAGUUCAACGACUGGUUAGGUGGACUCCCGUACGAGUUCAAGGUGGUGAUCGCCGGGAACCACGAGCUGACCUUCGAUAAGGACUUUAUGGCGGAGCUGGUGAAGCAGGAUUACUACCGUUUCCCUUCCGUGUCCAAACUCAAACCAGAGGACUUUGACAAUGUCCAGUCGCUGCUCACAAACUGUGUGUACCUGCAGGACUCGGACGUCACCAUAAAGGGAUUUCGGAUAUACGGGACGCCAUGGACUCCAUGGUUUAACGGCUGGGGAUUCAACCUUCCUCGGGGUCAGUCUCUGCUGGAUAAAUGGAACCUGGUCCCUGAAGGCAUCGACAUCCUGAUGACCCACGGGCCCCCGCUCGGUUUCAGAGACUGGGUUCCUAAGGAGCUCCAGAGGGUGGGCUGUGUGGAGCUGCUCAACACGGUGCAGAAGAGAGUUCGACCCAAACUCCACGCAUUUGGAGGAAUUCAUGAAGGUUACGGCAUCAUGACCGACGGCUACACGACAUUCAUCAACGCCUCCACCUGCACCGUCAGCUUCCAGCCCACCAACCCCCCCAUCGUCUUUGACCUGCCAAACCCCUCCAGCUCCUGAGACCUGGCGGCCGGGGAGGGGGUCGGGGGGUGAGGGCAGGGGUCAAAGGUCGGGGGGGAGGUCAGACGGAUGAACGACUUUUUUCUAUAAAUAUGUCAAGUAAAAAAAAAAAACAAAAAAAAAUAUUAAGUGUUUCUUUGCAAACUUUUGGUCUUCUCUAAGCUGUUGUUGAAAAUGAGAAGAUUUGGAGCUGGGGGGGGUGAGGGUGGGGGUGGGGUUGUCUGGGAGGGAGGGGUCAAGGAGAAUACCGGUGUUCAGGGGGUUUGUUUUAUUUUGUGCCAAUAAAACAUGGUAACGCCACUGUGAUGAGUCGACCUCUGAACAGUUUCCAUGGAAAUAAAAACAUCAAAUCAGAAACGAAUCACACAUCAAGUUCAGUUUUUAAUCAACGUUUCUAAUAAAACGAUUGAAUUUUAAUAGAAGAACCAAAUUACAUCAGUUUUCCACAGUUUCUCAUUAAAACAACAAAUAACUUGAGGUGUUAAAGACAUUUUUUUAUUUUGAUGAGAUGCAAAUGUGACAGAAGCCGAGAACAGAUGUUUGUCAUUAUUUUACUGUUAACAUGAGCUUGAAGGUAAUUAUUUCAUUAUCGGGA